UUUUGGGAGGCAGUUGUGUCCACUCAGCAGCGUGACUUCCCAUUUCAGGCGUGUAGACAGUGUAUGUUCUGUAUGCUCUCCACGUAUCCUGCGCUCAGUGCAGAACGUCUCUGCAGCGCUGCCAUGGACUCCAAACACGACGUCCACCGAAACAUAAUUUUUAGUGCCGUGCGUAUCUAAUGUGCGCCGGCUGGACGAAGAAGACGACGACGGAGAGAGUGAGAGAGAGGAGCAGCGAGCGAUCUCGACUGAAAAGUUGAAGGACUUCUCUGGAGCGACGGCAUCUAGACCAGCCUGACACCACCGCUGCUGUUUUCCGGAUCCCGUUUGGGGUUUGGUCACCUGCUGGCUUAAAAGUGCUACUUAAAAUUUACAUCACUAUGGAAACGGUCAUCAGCAACCCCGGCGCGUACAACCAGUCGAUGGUUUUCACCUCAAUCUUCAACGCUAGCUGUCGCUUUGAUGAGGAGUUCAAAUACAUCCUGCUGCCCGUGUCCUACAGUCUGGUGUUUGUGGUCGGCUUCGUGCUCAAUGCUACAGCUUUGUGGUUGUUCCUUAAGAUGCGUCCGUGGAAGCCCAGUACCGUGUUCAUGUUCCACCUCGCCCUGUCCGACUUCCUGUACGUCCUCUCCCUGCCCACCCUCAUCUACUACUACGCCAACCGCAGUCACUGGCCUUUUGGAGUGGCCGUCUGCAAAAUGGUGCGCUUCCUCUUCUAUGCCAACCUCUACUGCAGCAUCCUCUUACUCACCUGCAUCAGCGUGCACCGUUACCUGGGCAUCUGCCACCCACUCAAAACAAUGACCCUGGUGAAGUCCCGCCAUGCCCACCUGGUGUGCGGCAUGGUGUGGGCUGUGGUGAGCGUGUGCCUGGUGCCCAACCUCAUCUUUGUCACCACCUCCACGAGGGACAAUGACACCCUGUGCCAUGACACAACCAACCAGGAGGCCUUUAAGGAGUAUGUGGACUACAGCUCUGUCAUCAUGGUGCUCCUAUUUGGCAUCCCGUUCCUGGUCAUUGUGGUGUGUUAUUGCAUGAUGGCGCGGGCCCUGUGCCGACCCAGAAAGGGACUUUCUGCCAGCCAGCAGGGCACCGCCUCACGUCAGAAGUCCAUCAAGCUCAUCAUCGUGGUGUUGGUGGUGUUUGCUGUGAGCUUCGUCCCAUUUCACAUCACACGGACGCUCUACUACACCUCCCGUGUUUUAGAUCUUAACUGUAAAUUUCUCAACAUUGUCAACUUUACUUACAAGAUCACCCGGCCGCUGGCGAGCAUCAACAGCUGCAUUGACCCAAUUCUGUACUUCCUGGCUGGGGAUCACUACAGAGCCAAAAUGAUGUCUUUUCUGACGGGAAAAAGACAGACAACAAACAGCCAAACACCUGAACAGGCACACACACAGCCGAACAAUAAUCAUAGCAUCGCUCUGGUCUACAAGAACCCUGAAAGCCAUUGAAAGAUUCUGAGAGAUCGUGGGAAAUCUAUUGGAGAAAUCUGAAGUUUUAAACAUGUAUUUCUGCUCCAGGCUUAGCUAACAUUUCUAAUGCCACAUGCAGAAGCACCUGUUUAUAUUUCCUUUUUUGCAUUGAGAGGUUUGGUAGAGAAUCAGUUUACUGUAACAUUUACUUACAGUAUUUGCAUUCACUCCAUCCAGCUUAUGUAAUGCCUGUGUUCAACAGGCAUAAAGGCCAUGUUUCAAUUCCCCUCAUUUUCUUGAGGUUCUUGUGUUUGUAAAAUGAAGUUCAAGUGGGAAAGAGUCUGUACCCAGUCUCCUACCACAAAGGGAUUAUUACACCAAACUCAAGUUAUAAAAGACAGUAUUUAGGCUACUGUAUACUGUCCUGCUGUGUGGGGAAAAUUGUGCUAUACAGAAGAAACGUUUUACUUUCAAAUUAUGGGAACCGAAACUGACACUGGAGUUCACAGGUAGAUUAUUAAUAAUAACAAAAAACUUUAUUUUUAUAGCACCUUUGAAAACACAGUUGCAAAGUGCUUUACAAUAAAAACAGAACACAUUUAAAACACAAAGAGAAUAAGACAAACUAAAAACCCCAAAAACUAAACACAUAAGACACAGAGCAUAAAACAUCAAUGAAAUCACUGAAAAACUAUUUUAAAAAGUGGGUUUUUAAAGGAAAAUAAAAAAAUGGGACAGGGUUCACAGCCCUGAUCUCCUCAGGCAGGAGUUCAUAAGCAAUAAGUAAGUGAAUUGUUGUCAUCAAUCGGUCACUCACUGAUCUAAAUAUUAAAGUUCAUUAUCUGACCAAAUAUGACAGAUAGCCUGGUCAUUUUCUCAGACAUUAGGCAGUUAUGAUGCAAUCCUUCCUGUAAUAUCAACAAUAUCUAUGUGUUACCCAGAAACCUAAGCUACAGCCAGCUCAUGAUCCCAGCUGUUUUUAUCCUUUAACUUUCACAGCUGUCUUUUGCUCAACUGUGGAGAAAAGCAAAGAGACAACUCAGGACAAGAACCACCCACGCCUCAUUAGAGGGAUAAGGGAUUUUCCUUUUACCUUUGGGAUUGAUACGUGGAAUUGAAAGCCCCUUUUUCUUACAGUAGUUUAGGCUGAACUCCUUGAUGGUUUUGCAACAUGUGAGAGCAGUUACAGAGCAUUGGUCCCUCCAUCCUUCUUUUUAAUGUUGACGUAUGAACCAAUACUGUAGGAGCAGAUGUAUUCAUACAGCUCUGCAUCACACGGUGUUCUCUUGAUAUUAAGUAUGAGCACUAUCUUCAAAGAUGUUUCUGUAAUAACUCUAAAUAAAUAGUUUUAUAUGUAUCAUAAAGUGGUACAUCACGAGUGACUGUUUGCUGUCUGGUCAGUGUGAAAUCACUUACAAUAUAAUUAAGCUCUAAUUUUUUCUUCUUUCAACUCUCCCUCAUGAAAAAAGCAAUUUUAAGUGAUCUAUGAAUUCAGAGGAAGCACAUAAAGUUUGCUAUUUGUGUAAACCACACAACUCAUGUGUUUAGCCAGACUGAAACUAACUCCACUUUCUAUUACCUAAAUAGAUACAGUACAGUUGAUGUUUAGGGAGUGAUCUUUCAUGUUAUCAUCUCCAUAUAUCAUUCCACGGCAAGAGAACUCUGAAGGCUCUUUUUUGGAUAAGGGCGCUGGCUAAAAAAAAAAAAACACUAUAUCGAUGAUGACAGUGAACAAGAUAAAGAUUUCCCCCCUAAAGUCACUUUAAUGUUAAAAACCUACAGUAUUUCCACACUGUGUGACAUCAUCUAAUGUGAUUUUAUAUUAGUUUGUUCCAGUGCAUAAUUGCAGUCCACACAACAUGAGUUACAAUGACCAACCCAUGAAAAGUUGAAGAGAUUAAACGUAAUGCCAUUGCAAAUACUAUGAAUAAAUAAAACUAUGAUUGCGUAUUUCCUUAAGAUGUAACUCAAGGCCAGAAUUCACCUAAACUACGUCAUUGAAACAGUUCAGUGUUUGAGAACAUGACCAACUUUUUUUCUCCCAUCUUUAGAAACCAAUAAAAUAAUAACAGAGCGCAGUAGGACCCAGUAGCCUGAAGGCUAAUAACAAUAAUUACAGUCUAAAUGGCAAUACCGUUUAGAAAUAUGGCUCCAUGUUGUCUGUAAUUUACAAACAAUGGAUGAUCACAAACAUAUAAGCAGCACUGUCAGUCAUUCUGAGUUGUUAUUUUUCUCAAAACUUCAGUUCAUGACAGACCGCAUCGGAUAACUCUUUACAUGUUAACAUUUGCCAGCAGACCUACAAACCACAUCACCAGCAUCUUCAUCUUCACGUUCCCACCAACUAUUAGCAUGUAAAACAGAUACUUGAUUCAAAGCUCUGCUAAUUUGACACAUUAUCGAAUUGGUAAUAAUGAAAAUGAAUCUAAUGAAGGUUUCAAACUGUUCUGUCAUUCUGUGCACUUUUCAACAGUUAACCUCAAUGUGAUGUAAGCUCAUGAGCGCCCCCCUGUGGUAUGAUGGUGACAAGAAGUUGCAACUUGCACUCAGUCAGGAGAGCUCAACUUGUCAGAUGGGUGUCUCUCCAGUAAGUCAGAAUACUUUAAGAAGGAACAUUACAAAAAAAUGUGGAAAGAAAUACUGUAAAAGUGCUAUUUGGGUAUUUUGGCCCUCAGCGCUGUCUAACAGACAAAGAACGAGGCCAGAGCAAAGUAUACCCUACAGAAACAUGGUAAGAGGGUCAGGAAACAUUCAACCUGCAAAACUGCUGAGAAAAUGCUGGUAGUCACGUGUUUCACAUUAAAACCUUAACCUGGAAACACAAAGCAUGGGCUCCAUUGACCUGGGCCUGGUUGCAACUCUGGAAGCAAACUUUCAUGUUAAAACACACGUAUGUUGUGCCUGAUAUAGGCCUAUACAUAUCUGAAGCAGGUUCUGUGUGCAAGUUGCACUUGUAGAGGUAGGUGUCAGUACAGUGCAGACAAGGAUUAAAAUGGAAGGCAAACCUAAAUAAAAUGACAGAAAAGCAGAUCAUUGUUUAAUAGGCCACUGCAAAGUAUAUUUUGUUGGUUAUUUACAGUAUAACUCGUGUUAUGUUUGUUGCAUGCAUUGUGUAAAGAAGAUGUUGAAGGAUCAUUCUGGGGCAAAGUGCAUCCUUUCAGUUUGUAUUGUUCACCUGCUCCCUCUGCCCUUGAUGUGCUGAUGUCAGAAAAGUUGUCUGGUCUUGAAAUUCUCCUCUACGAAUAGAGCAUUUGGAUUACAUGUCA